CAUAGCAUAGCUGUCAAAGUAAGAAAACAAGGAUUAACCAAGAAAUAAACAGAAAUUAAUAUUUCAAUUUGUAAUUAAAAUUGUUUUCGGCAAUUGAAGUUCCACUAUGGAAAAUCUUACAAAUGAUGAAGAGCAACAAGAAAUUGGCCCAGUUGAAAAUGCUUGGGCGAUUAAAACACCUAAGUUUACGGCAGAGGACAAUCCACAUGGUCUUUUAGAAGAAAGUAAAUUUGCUACUUUAUUUCCGAAAUAUCGCGAACAAUAUUUAAAAGAGUGCUGGCCUUUGGUCCAAAAGGUGUUAAAAGAACAUCACCUAAUUGCUGACUUGGAUCUUAUAGAGGGAAGUUUAACAGUCAAAACAACAAGAAAAACUUGGGACCCUUAUAUCAUUAUUAAGGCCAGGGAUUUCAUGAAAUUGCUUUCACGAAGUGUUCCAUUUGAACAAGCAGUUAGGGUCUUAGACGAUGAAAUAGGUAGUGAUAUAAUAAAAAUUAAUUCAUUUGUCAGAAAGAAAGAAACCUUCCUUAAAAGGCGCCAACGUCUAAUAGGUCCAAAUGGUGUUACACUUAAAUCAAUUGAACUACUUACCGAAUGCUAUGUUCUAGUACAAGGCAAUACAGUGUCAGCUGUUGGACCAUACAAGGGAUUAGUACAGGUGAGACGAAUAUGUGAAGAUACUAUGAAAAAUAUACAUCCAAUGUACAAUAUUAAAAGCCUCAUGAUUAAAAGAGAGUUGAUGAAGGAUUCAAGACUCAAAAAUGAAAGCUGGGACAGAUUUCUACCAAAAUUCAAAAGUAAAAAUGUCCCUAGGAAACAACCUAAAAAUAAAAUUAAAAAGAAACCAUACACACCAUUCCCACCACCUCAAUCUGAAAGUAAAAUUGAUAGAGAGUUGGCUACAGGUGAAUAUUUUCUUAAAGAUGAACAAAAGAAAGCAAAACGUCUAUAUGGCAAAGAUGAAAAACAAAUGCAAGUUAAGAAAGCUAGAGAGGAAGAAAGGAAAAAGGACUUUGUACCCCCUGAGGAAAAAGCGGCCACUGCACCUAAACAUGCAGAAGGGUUGCCAAUUAAUAUUGAUCAAUUUAAAGCCAAAAUGAAAAAAGUUUCAAAACAAAACAAAUCUUUUAAUAAAAAACAAUAGUAUAAAUAUUGUGUUCACUUAAUAAUCAAUUUAAUAAAAUAUCUCCAUUAAAA